CCACAGCUUCCCCCCCCCCUCCAGACUACCUGCCCAACGCCGCCCAGUCCCCGCCACAACGUAACCCCAGCACCGCUCUAGCCCCCUAGCCCCUCUGCGACUCGCAGAGUCGCAGUAUCCCAACCAACCACCGCCAUGCCUCGCCCAGUCUCUAGCCUCUCUGUGACUCGCCCUAGCCCUAACAACGCAACAACCACCAGAUCUGAAAUAGAGCGGACGAAUAAGAUCGAUGGAACAACGAACACGACGAUUCACAGUGAAGAAGAAGAAGGUCGUGUGUAGAGAAGAUGAAAAACUCGACUCACUCUAGCCCCAAAUAGGGCGGCGGUGGAACUGAAACAGCGGCGGAGGCAGCGGCGCAAACCCUGGCAUCGGGCAGAGGCAGCGGGCGGAGAUGAGGCGGGGGCAGCCGACGAAGAUGAGAAGAGGAGGCGGUCAUCCCUUGUGGCCGGCAGAGGCGGGCGGAGGUGCUUGUUGUUAGGUCGAUCACCAAUGCGCUGGAGAGAAGCCGAUCGUUUCAAAUCUGGGUUUGUUAGUUUAGCUUUUUAAUUUGAUAACUUUUGUGUCUAUUUUAAAAAUUGUCAUAUUUUUGUUCAUCUAAAGUGGAGAAGUACUUGCUCCGGUCCCAAAUAAAAUUCACACUUUGAUUCCACACAAAUUAAGGAAAUAAAUUUGAUUUUACUAUAAAAUACACUGUUGUGACACUGUUUGACACUAUUUUGCACUGUUUUAAUGUAGAUAAUUUCCCAAAUAAGGAAUGGAGAAGAAGUGUGAAGUUUAUUUUGGACCUACCCAAAAAGAAAAGUGAAUUUUAUUUGGAACCGGAGGGUAUAAUAUUUAUGUCAUUUUUUCGGGAUAAUAUCAUUGUGUUUAAAUAUGUAUAUGUAAUAAAAUAUGGAGUAUUUUAGUAAAAUAUAGCUUUAGUUAAACAAUACAACAGAAAGAUUUUGGGUAUAAUAUUUAGGAAUAAUUAAUAAUGUAAUAAUAUAGAACUAUUAAUGGUGUAGAACUUAUAUACUCGUAGAACUCUAAUGUACUUGGGAUCUUUUAUUAUAUUCACACUCCCUAUGUCCUUCAUCUUUGUUUGAUUUUACCUGUUUUCAGUUUUUCAUAUGUCUCAUUAAAUUAAUCUCAAACCAUAUUUGAUUAUGUUUAAAUGGUUUCAAUUUAUUUUUACUUUGUUCACAUUUUACUAAUUCAAUAUCAGCCACACAAUUUCAUUUUUCUUAAUAAUCACACUACUCUCUCUUGUCUCAAUAUUAGGGGCCGAAGUAGUACAUUCUAUUUGGGGCUACGUAAUGCUCUCAUUGUUAACCAUAUAUAGGAUAUGAUUUAGUUGUGCCUGAUCCUAAUAAGAAUUUAUUAAAAUAAAUAUCAUUGUGACUAGUCCAUUGAACUAUAUAGUAAGACAUGUCUCAUUGCUCAAGAUUUCAAUCGGUAGGCAGUUAUUGACUUUUAUGAACGUCCAAUCGUGUUGUUCUUGCUCUCGUGGUUUCAACUGAUUGAUCUAUUUGUUUAUGAUAAUCUUACCGAAGAAUUUUAUAUGCGUCAACCCCCUCAAGUUGUGCAUCCUCAACUUCCCAAUCAUAUGUGUUGUCUCCGUAAAAUUAUUUAUUAUCUUAAACGGACAGCUCGAGCAUGGUUCCAUAGGUUUAAUUUAGUACGGAGUAGUUUUCUUCUAAGUAUCGGUUUUGUGUGCACUAGGUCUGCUAGUUCCUUAUUUGUUUUUUGUCAUCAUCCCCACAUCAUAUGCCUUCCUUUUUAUGUUGAUGACAUCAUCAAUACUUGUAAUGACCCUAAAUUUAUACGAAAAAUCAUUUCUCUAUUGGCUCCAUGUUUUACUACGAGUCUAUGAAAGAUUAAUUUGAUGGAACUUCAUUUUUCUUAGGGCUCACAUUGUGCAUACUUCUCAAAGUUUGUUCCUAUCUCAGACUAAAUAUGUAUUUGAUCUGUUAAAACACUUUGAUUUUCACACUUUAUUGGAUUUUAAUUAAGCUUGACUAAAAAUAAAACCUUGGAUUUUUUGCCACUUUUACUCUUUUGACUAUUAUGUCUGUCAUUGACACUUUUAGUACUCGACUCUGAUUUUUUCCAUUUUUAGUCUUCGACUAUUGUGCUAGAGACACUUUUUGUAUCCGCAUUUGAAAAUUUUCAUAGUUACUCCUACUUUUUAAAAUGUGGCACUUUUGGUCCUUCAGAUAUAUAAUGGACACAUUUUUAGUACUAGCUCUGCUUAUUGUGUCAAAAUCAUAGUGCAUGGAAGGACUAAAAGUGUCAAUUUGAUAAUACCUAGUGACUAAGAAGCUGUUAUGUUCCUCUUGUUCUUAUUACUUAUUGCUUAUUCUUAUUUUAUUUAGAUCAGAUCAGAUCAGAUCAGAAAGAUUCAGAUGAGAUCAGAUCAAAUCAGAAAGAUUCAGAUCAGAUCAGAUCAAAUCAGAAACAUUCAGAUCAGAUCAGAUCAGAAACAUUCAGAUCAGAUCAGAUCAGAUGAGAAACAUUCAGAUCAGAAACAUUCAUAGCAAAUUGGAAACAUUCUAUUAUUAUUAUCAUCAUCAUUAUUAUUAUAAUUAUUAUUAUUAUUUUAUUAUUAUUAAAUAAUUAUAAUUAUAAUAAAAGUUAUUAUUAUUAUUUUAUUAUUAUUAUCGAUAUUAUUAUUAGUAUUAUUUUAUUAUUAUAAUUAUUAUUAGUAGUAUUAAUAUUAUUAUAUACCGGUUUAGAAAGGUAAUACAUGAUCAUAAGGAUUCAGAUCAUAUCAGAUCAGAAGCAUUCAGAUCAGAUCAGAGAAAUUCAGAUCAGAUCAGAUCAGAAAAAUUCAGAUCAGAUCAGGUUAGAUCUAAAAAAGUAGAUGAUAAACAUUCAGAUCAGACGAAGAGAACAGGUUCUAAAUAUGGAAACCUUUGAAGUCGGGAAAUAAAAGUGUCUCUAGUACAAUAGUGAGGGAUCAAAAAUGGAAAAAUUAAAAGCCAAAUACCAAAAGUGUCACCAACAACACAAUAGUCAGGGGACCGAAAUUGACAAAAACUCUAAAAGCUUGAGUUGAUUGGGAAUGUCUGAAUGCUGAAAAAUGUUUAAAGGAUAUGCUGAAGUUUAUUCCUUCAACCCAAAGGCCCAAUAUGUAUCCUUUGAGUUUCGAGUGGAGAGUUUGAUGGGUUAAGAAGCAAACGAGCAAAUAUGGAUGAAGUAUUCAGUAGCAAGUGGGUCGUAUUUAUUAAAAGAUAAUAAGGGUCCGUAUACAACACACUUCGACUACCGUCCGUGAAAAGUCAUCGUGUCAGUUUCUUGGACAGUCUGUUGGUUUGUCAGUGCGUCAGGGGAAUCAAUUCCAAUUUGUCAUGGUCCAAUACGUGACUAAAUAAUCUAUAAAGAAGUGUUGUCCGACUCAAUUUAUAAAUGCAAAAAAAUGACUAAUCCAGAAGCAAUUGACUGGGAGUUGAUGUAUAGAAGUCUACAACGACUGAAACUAGUUAUACAGUUGAUGAGGCCCGUAAAUGAAGAAGCAGUGCAAAAAAUCUGUGAGUUGAUGGAUACACCUCUUGAAAGCUUUGGCAACAUUGUAGACUUUGAAUCAGACUCAUACAACGUUUCAAGGAGGAAAAACUUUUGUAGGCAUCUUAUUCGUCACCAACAAUAUUCAGAAUAUAUGGAACCAAUAAACAGAGAAGCUGAAGAGAGAAUUAACGAGUUGUUGGCUAGAACUCUUGAUGAAAGCUUUGAUGAUGAUGAAUGAAGUUGGGUUUGUUUGUUUAUCAAUAAUGUUACUUGUUAAAUGAUUAAUAAAUUUGUGUUUGCUUGUUUAUCAAUAAUGUUACUUGUUGAAUGUAAUGAAAAUUGGAAUUAUUAUAAUUUUUGACCGAAU